AAAUUAAAAGAGGUAAAAUUGGAUUUAAAAGUGUUUAAUACAAACACAAUAGAGUAUAAAAGAAGAAACCGAAUACUAUUCGGAAGGCACAGACAGACAAGUGCUGUAGCUGUACAUAUCUCAUACCUUCAUUUUUCGACUGAGACUAUACUCAAGUGAUAAUCGAAACUACACGCCGCUAAGAUGGCGCUGCAACGCAUUAACGAACCUUCUUUCCAAGCCUAUGGAGUUGGAAAUUUAACCGUUGUUGAUAUGAUCACACCUGACAUGCAACAUUUGGUCGACCCCUACUGGAAUCAAUUCCCUCCUAUGAAUCCGCUCUGGCACGGGAUUCUGGGAUUCUUCAUGACUGUACUUGGCAUUAUGUCGAUCAGUGGCAACUUUGUUGUAAUCUACAUUUUUUCGACAACGAAAUCGCUCCGGACACCAUCAAACUUAUUCGUUGUAAACUUGGCAAUUUCCGAUUUCUUGAUGAUGUGCUGCAUGUCCCCAGCUAUGGUCAUUAAUUGCUAUUACGAAACCUGGGUUCUUGGACCACUCAUGUGCCAACUCUAUGCCAUGUUUGGAUCCUUGUUCGGAUGUGCAUCAAUCUGGACCAUGACAAUGAUCGCCUUCGACCGUUACAAUGUCAUCGUAAAGGGUAUCGCCGGAAAACCACUUACCAAUGGAGGAGCUUUGGCUCGUGUUGCUGGAAUUUGGCUCUUCGCCACCGUCUGGACAGUCGCACCAUUGUUCGGAUGGAAUCGAUAUGUACCAGAAGGCAACAUGACCGCAUGCGGAACCGACUACAUCAACCAAGAAUGGUUGAGCCGAUCAUACAUCCUUGUUUAUGCUAUUUUCGUUUACUACGCUCCACUCUUCCUUAUCAUCUACUCUUAUUACUACAUCAUCAAAGCUGUAUCUGAGCAUGAGAAAGCCAUGCGAGAACAAGCCAAGAAGAUGAACGUUGCAUCCCUUCGAUCUGCUGAGGAUGCCAACAAGAGUGCUGAAGCGAAAUUAGCAAAAGUUGCUCUAGUCACCAUCUCCCUAUGGUUUAUGGCCUGGACUCCAUAUCUCAUCAUCAACUAUGCCGGGGUGUUCCAGACAAUGAAGCUUUCACCACUGAGUACCAUCUGGGGAUCAGUGUUCGCUAAGUGCAAUGCAGUCUACAAUCCAAUCGUGUACGGCAUCAGCCAUCCAAAAUACCGAGCUGCAUUGUUUGAGAGGUUCCCAUGUUUGAAGUGCGGAGAUGAUCCACAGCCAAAUGUAUCGGAUAACCAAUCACAGGCAACACAGGAGAAAACGGGUGCUUAAUGUAAUGUAACUAACAGACAAACGAUGAACAUAUUUAACUUUACGAAUGUACAAGCUCGCACAUAGAUUGUAGUAUGUGUUACCUCAUGACUUCAUUCUAAGUUCUAUUUGUUAAUAAUAAAAAAAAACGACGAUUAUAUAUCUUGAGCAUAGCAAAAA